GAAGCAUUUUACUUUCAUUUAUGUGCACGGGGAAGAAUGAGGCAGUAUGAAUUUCAACUGGUAUGUGACAACUGACCAGGCUUGGUGAUCAGGCACACCAGAUUCAAAGUUUGUAGUUACCAGAGUAGCUACACUAUAUUCUUGACUCACAUGCUGUAUUGCAUACAGUGAAUGCACUACGAUGUUGAGCUGCAUGAGAACAGCAACAACCUCAGCCCAUGAGCUGAAUAUAAUGCUGCUUGGAGGUACUGACACGGAAAGGACAUUGCUAGGUAACUUCAUAACAGGACAAAAGGCUUUUCAUGAUUCAGUGCUGUUCUCAGACAAGCAAUGCAAGCUUGCAAUUGCAGAAUGGAGUGGAAUGUCAUUAACAGUGGUGAAAACCCCAGACAUUUUUGAUCUCCCUUUGUUAUCGGUGACACAGGAAAUGACAAGGUGCAUGACUCUUCUCAAGCCUGGACCAACUGUGAUGUUACUGAUAGUGACACCCUCUGAUUUCACAGAGGCGAAAAGACAAGCUUUAAAAGCCACUCUCAGCAUGUUCGGCCAAGAUGCCUAUAAAUACUCAAUGGUCAUCCUCGGAAAAAAUGAGGAGGAAAAAAACGCUUCAGUGGAUAAAGUUAUCCAAGACUGUGAUCAAAGGCAUCACACAAUCAACCUUGAUAAAAAACAUCUUCCCAACAACAGACUUCAAGAAUUCAUGGAGAAGAUAGGGGACAUGCUAAAUGAUAACAGGGGAGAAUGUGUAACCUUGACAGAAAGAUCUGAACCCUGUGCAGGUGCGCAAUGUCGCAAAGCUUAUGGUAAGCAGCUGUUGUGUGACAAAAAUGAAGCUACUGGGAGCUCAUCAGUCCAUGAGAAAUUAAAAAUGUUCUCAAAGUUGACUGAACAUCUUUAUCUAAACAUGGGGAUCAAUGCCUUCAGUUACACUGAGACAAAAAUGAAGUCAACAAUUAAAGAACUGAACAGAAAGCUUGAGGAAUACGAAAACAAGUUCAAAAACGAUCAAGUCAGAAGAGAUCUAGAGAAGGAAAGGCAAACAGCAAUGGAGGAAAGGAUGAAGAAGCACGAAGAGGAGAAGAGAGAGAUAGCUGAGAAACUUAAUGAUUUCAUGAAGAAGACUACUACUUUUGCAGAUCUGGUGGAAAAGUACGUUGACGCAAAACAGACACUAACACAACAGCACAAUGAAAGACUGGAGCUUCUAAAGAAAGAGCAUGAAAAGCUAAAAGCAGAUCUGGAACAAGAGAAAGGUGUGAAACAACAGCUUGAACACAUCAUAAAGGCUCUAAUGCAAGAAAAUGAAAACAAACUACAGGAUCUAAAGCAAGAGAAUGAAAACAAACUCCAGAAUCUGAAGCAAGAGAAUGAAAACAAACUCCAGGAUCUAAAGGAAGAACAUGGGGACAAAAUAAAGGAUCUGAAGCAAGAACAUGAGGAAAAAAUAAAGGAUCUAAAGCAAGAACAUGAGGACAAAGUGAAAGAUCUGAAGCAAUGGCAGUCUGACAACAAAGGAUCAUUUUGUGACCUUAUGAUCUUACUAAAACUACUAUUGCGUGAUCUUGAUUGCAAAAUUAAAAGCCCCUUCUCCAUAACAGACAAAAUUAAGCAAGAGGGUGAUGAAAAAAUAACAAGCCUAAAACAAGAGUGUGAUGAGAAAUUAAAGAAUGCAGAAAGAGAGCAUCAAGAACAAAUAAAAAAUAUUAAGGAAGGCCAUGCCAAAAAAAGAUGAAUCUGAAACAAGAGUAUGAGACAAAUGUAAAAGAUUUAAAGAGAAAUCACACCAAGGAAGUGAGGGAUCUCAAACAAAACCACGAUCGCAUAAUAAAGGAUCUGAAGCAAGAGCAAGAUGAGAAAAUGGCCGCUAAACAACAAGAACAUGACAACAAAAUAAAAGAUCUGAAGCAAGAGCAAGAUGAGAAAAUGGCCGCUAAACAACAAGAACACGACAACAAAAUAAAAGAUCUGAAGCAAGAGCAAGAUGAGAAAAUGGCCGCUAAACAACAAGAACACGACAACAAAAUAAAAGAUCUCAAGCAAGAGCAAGAUGAGAAAAUGGCCGCUCAAAAACAAGAACACGACA